AGUCUUAAACCAGAAGACAAGGGUGAAGGACGAGAAAUUAAACCGUGUAAAAAACAAGAAUUUCAAAAGAGAAGACAAGCUUGGUAGGUUAUGCACGAGGGCUAUAUACGAAAUAGCCCACAUCGCAGGGAAAAGCUCACGCACGUCGACACGCAAAUCAUCUAUCCGCAUUGUCCUGUACACAUGCGCUCAUCCCGACCCGACACAUGCAGCACAGCAACGCAACACACCCGGCGGGAGGAGAAAAAGGAAAGCCAGCCGGCCGAAAGUGAGCAAACACUGUGUCACGAAGAUCAGGUUAUUCCCUGCCUGCCUCCAUCAAUCAAUCACCAAUUCAAACCUACCUAUAUACACCAAACCACUACUACGUAUGAACACCAAGAGGGAGGUCAGAGAAAGAGGGGGAGGCACGUCAGAACCGCCGUCCUCCCCUCCACCUCGUAUAGUGCAGUGGUAGCAGCGAUGUGCAGGACGAAGAAUCCAAUCCAGCCCUUGCUUCUCGCCAGCAAGUUACGCCACGGGAGGGUAGCACAACAGACGGCCGUAUGCAUGUGGCGGCGGAGAUUGUUUCUCUGUGUGCAAGACACAUAUAGUAUGCCAUGUGGACAGGAGUCAAGUAAAGUAAGGAAGAAAAGGUGUACUACUGCGGUCGGUUUCGGGAGGAGAAAAAGAAGAGGUGAUUCAGAUUGAUCAACGUAGGUAGGUAUACGAACGCGGAUAGACAGCUGGGGCGCUGAAUGAGGUGUGAAGGUAUAUAUCUCUUGCCUUGAUAUAGAUAGUAUAUGCCGCUAUCGUGAUCAUCUGGGUGAGAAGGCUGAGGAUCUCAUUAAGCGUACACUAGUCCCAGCACUGUCGAGAUAGUGCACAUACCUACAUCAUCACAGUUU